AUGCUUCAUGCUGUAAGUACUCUCUCUUUUCAGAGAUUAGGAGAUGCUCUUUCAGAAUGUGUUGAGCAGCUUUCUGGAUUCUGGGAGAGCGAGCAAGGGGAUUCUCUCACAGGAGAUCAGUCGGUUGAGCAAGAAUCCGAAAAGACCUUGAAACAGAAGAUUUCUGAUCUUAAGGAACAGGCGAACAGUUUGGAGAAGCACAUCAAAUCCGAGUUCAGAGAAUUGCACCAGAUUCUCACUGAGAAAGAGCAGCGGUUACUCAGAGAUCUCCGGGAAGAAGAGAAGAUGAUUGUAGAACCAAUGGAGAAACACGUUCGAGAGAUUCAGGAUAGAUUAAAAUCUAUUGAGGAAAAACGCUCAAGUUUGCAGACUCUCAUGGAGCAAAACGACGUGCUGGCAUUUCUGAAGGCAUCAUUUGGUCGGAAGAGAAGGAUAAGCGAUGAAACUCCGCAAAUCUCAACAGAAGCCACCACCCUGUCUGCUGGAAAGUUCAAAGGCCCUUUACAGUACGUGAUAUGGAGAGAAAUGAUAAACAGUAUUGACCCAGCUCCAGCCUCUCUCACUUUGGAUCCAAACACUGCGAAUCCCCGGCUAAUCCUGUCUGAGGACCAGACCAUGGUGCGACUUGGAGACAACGAACAGGCGAUUCCGUACACCAGUGAGAGAUUUGACUACUGGUACUCUGCCCUGGGAUCAGAAGGAUUCACAUCAGGGAGAUGUUACUGGGAAGUGAAGGUUAAAAACAAGAGUGAGUGGGAAAUUGGAGUGGUUCGAGAGUCAGCUGGUAGAAAGGGGAAAAUAGAUUCCUGCCCUGUGAAUGGUUACUGGACAGUAUGGCUGAGAGCAGGGAAAAUAUAUUUUGCGACCUCUACCCGCUCUGACGCCCUGAACGGCCUAUCUCUGAAUCCCCAAAAGAUAGGUAUCUUUCUGGAUUAUGAGGGUGGACAGGUGUCAUUUUACAAUGCGGAUAACAUGUCCCAUAUCCACACUUUCACCCACACUUUCACUGAGAAGAUAUUUCCAUACUUUUGUCCGGGAAUGAAUACCAAUGGAGAAAAUUCUGCACCGCUGGUAAUCUGUGGCAUUAAAAAGUGCUAAUGUCUCCCUACCAGUUUCAGACUAAUACAGUGGGACUCUUUCAAAGGUGGAGAGAGAGAAGAAAGAAGAAAAUAAGAUCUAUAU